UUGUUCAUCUACAAUCGUUGCAAAAUUUGUUGGUGGAAGAAGAAUUCUUUUUGUCCUAUAGUACCUAUAAAUUAAAUUAUCAAUCAUGUCCUCUACUCGAGACAAGACAUCUGAGUAUGAAACGAGCAUGCGGACAAAGCGAGAGCUCUUCUUUGGCGACCUUGAAGAGGCAGGGACAUCGUCGUCUUCUACCUCUGUGGAAGCGGCUUCUCGUAUUUUCGGGCCAAGCCCCACCUUGGGCAAUCCAGUUGCUCCAAAAGUAGGGGCCCGAUUUGCCGAAAAUAUACCCACUAUGCUGGCACAGCCUAACAUGCAGAUGCCUGCACUGAAUGACGAAAAGAUCGCGCAUGCUAUUUCGAAUGUCACCAUCUAUGGGGAUGAGCGUGACAAUAUUGUGACCAAGUGGAACUAUUUGCAAGCUCUCUGGGGCGUUGGUAAGCUCUUCUACUCUUCCUGCGCACCACCCGUCGAAAUAAUCCAAGCGAACCCUGAUAAUAUGGGUCUGGUUGCACUGAAUUUCAAUGAAAGGCUCGCUGUCAUCGCACAAAGGCAGCAGGAGCUGGUGCAGACCCUGUAUAUUUUGAUUGGCAACAAGCCCCAAUAUACCGUGAGUGUGGACACGAUGAGGGAGCUGGAGAACGAAGGGUGCCAGAUGAUUAUCUAUGUAGAGAUGACGGAUGGCAAGCGUUUAUUGUCCACUACGCUGGCCCAUUUCCUAACUCAGACAACACUUGAGGCACAUCUCAGGAACUUGGGUAUUGUGAAAGUUUUCGAGUUGACGCAACCGGAUGAGACGCAAGUAAAGAAUUAUCUGGAGAGCGGGCAGAAUAAGCUUAGGGGCCAUAAAAGAAUACUCACUCCAAAGAUCAAUUUCCACGAUUUAAAACGACGUCUGCAAUUCUUGAAACGUGAGCACGAAGAUCAGGCGCAUCAAGUCGACAAUUUUAGCAGUGAUCUGGAAAAUGUGCAGGCAAAACUUGAUGAGGUCGUAACAAAGUUACUGAAUCAAAAAGGUGACAGCAUCGGUGUCGCCCGAACUGAAGACGCUGGUUCCCCAAAUUAAAGAUAUUAUUGCUGAGCCCACAGAAAUCGAAGAAGAGCUAUCUAAUGAGUGUAGUAGCUGUGACGAACAUGAACUCCUCGAACACGUUGAUGAUGAGAUAGAAAUAUAUGACAAGCUAUGUAGCGAAAGUAGUGGCUCUGAUGAAGA